AUCAAGCACCUAAUUAAAAGCCCAAUUUCGAAAUGGCACUCUAUUAUAUUUUGUCGAUCAGUGUCCUGGUUGUCCUCGCCCAAGGAUCCUAUUUGUCGUCGGUGAAUCAGGAAUCUGGAGUGGGUGUGCACCGCUCUGGAGCUAUUUCAUCUGGAGCUCCAGCUAUUGGAUUAACACGUGGAUCCGCUGCUCCUCAGCCCCAACGCCCCAGCUCUGGCUAUGGAUACCUCUCUGGUGCUGUCGGAGGAUCCCGUCGAGUGCCCGCAGUGGGAGUGACCGGAUCUCGUCCUUAUGGUGGAGCUCUGCGUCGUCCGUCUGCUGGCGCUCUGGGUCGUCCAAAUGCAGGAGGAGCUGCCGCCUAUGGAAAUGCUUACCAGAAUCGCCAUCACAGCCAAAAGCCUUAUUAGGAAACAGCACUUAUUAUCAGCUAUUGACCAAAUCCAAUUGACCAUCUA